UUGUGAAAAUCAGUAGCCAGGACGACACCUGAGCUUCCUUUAUAGGUAGACGGCUGUUGAACCCUACGGAAAUGCCAUCGAGACGGGAAGGCGUUGCCCAGGUUGGUUCUGGAAACGGGCAGAAGCGGAGGAACAGGCGAAAGGGCACGAGUUACAAUUACUUUAUCCACAAGGUGCUGAAGGAGAUUCAUCACGGCACCGGGAUCUCGAGGAAGGCGAUGGAGAUUAUGAACAGCUUCAUGGAGGACAUGUUCGGACGCAUAGCUACCGAAGCCUCUCGCCUGACGAAGUACAACGGAAAGCCGACGAUGACUUCGAGGGACAUUCAGACCGCAGCCAGGCUGCUUUUGCCCGGAGAUUUGGGAAAAUACGCCCUGAUGGAAGGUGCAAAAGCUGUCACCAAGUUCAACGUCUCGAAGAACGGAUGCGCCGCGUAGGGAAAUAUACAUGCGUUUAUUUCCGUUUUAUUAUUUUUCUAUUUUUUUGUCCGUCAUACGUGGAAAUGAUUACAUACUUGUGA